AUGAUAAAAUCAAGCACACAAACUUUUGGUCUUCUUGACUGUCUCUGCUUAUACUGCAACAGAAAAAAUGCCAAAUAUAUAUGCCCUCAAUGCAAAAUCCCAUAUUGUUCUCUCAGAUGUUAUCAGUCUCACAAUUUAGAAUGCACAGAAAAUUUCUACCAAGAACAAGUCCUCAAUGGACUCAAAAACAAAAAGCCAUCCAAAGAAGAAAUCUCAAAAUUCCACAAAAUUUUAGCCUCAGUAAACGAACAAGGAAAAGACCUCGAUUUAGAGUGCCUGACUGAAGAACAAGAAAAAAGAUUAGAAAUCAUUGAAAGCCAGAUAGACGAAAAGCAAGAAAAUAUUGAGUUAACGCAGGCAGAGAUCCAGUGCUUUGAAAAUGAUAUUAAGAACGGAAACUUGCUUAAAUAUAUAGAAGAAUGGAAGCCUUGAUGGCUGGAAGAAAAUCCUCAAAAUCCUGAUAUCGCUGAGAUUACUGCAGAUUCAUGGAAAUCAAUUUAUAAUAGUCUGCCACCGAUUACUGCUCUUUGCAAAAGCCCUUCGAAUGAGAUUGUUUUUCAUAUUGCAAAUGCCUUGUGGAGCUUUGCUUAUGUUUGAAGAUCCUAUAAUGGGGAUACAGAAUAUAAUGAAAGUGAUAUGUGCAGCCUUUUAUUAGAAAUUUCAGAUGUGCUUAGUGGGGAAAUCCAUCAUGAAAUUUCAAGUUUGGAGACUUCUGUAUACAAAGCAAUAGAAAAUGCUAUGAUUCAUGAUAAUGAAGUCGCGAAAAGGCUCAAUUUAGCCAUUAUAUAUGAUUUAUUUUUGAUUUUUAAACACAAGUCUCAUAUUGUGAAAUGUCUUCUCAGUUUAUAUGAAUUUUUUGGACUUGAACAAAUUUCUCAAUUUAUGAAGGGCAGAAAAGGCAACAAGAAAAUUCAGAAUAUAAGGAAAAAACUAUUCUUUUAUCUUUCCUUUAUUAAAUCUAAUAUCCCUCUUUGCUAGCAAGCAAAAUUUUUCGAACCUAGUCGGAUUAUUUUUUUUUAAACAAUUUUUCCAAAUUUUUAUUAAUAAAAAUUUAAUUUAAUUUAUGAAGUCUCUUUGAAUGCAAGUUUAAUAAAUUAGAUAUAAAUUUUGCUACUGAAAUUGCUGUUCAAAUCAUACAACUAUUUUAGCUUGCUCACAGGAUCAGGAGUAAGAGCAAUGAAAAGCUAAUCGAAAUAGCUGAUCAGCUUUUAGCUAUUUAUAAUUCAAAAAAAGCAAUAUUACACUAA